UUACAGUCCCAUGAAGUGUUCAAGCAUCGCGAAUUAGGAAUUUUGAGUCGUCGUCCACCAUUGAAAUGGUGUCGAGAGUUACGAUAUUUAACCGAUCCAGAAAAACCUUCAUUUAUUUUGCAAUCAUCUACGCCAAAACCAUAUGGUUCAUUCGCGGACAAUUUUAUGAAAAAAUAUGAGAAAUUCUUGCGCAAAGAAUCUACAUCUAUUACAAAAGCAAAUGCGUCCUAUCGAAAAUUGAAUAAGAAUAUUUUAACCGAUAACAGUCAAAGAAUCCAUUCAGAUAUUACUUUUCAUUCCCAAACACUCGAGAACGGCGCUAGAGAAAUAAAGAACGAAAAUGAUGAACACAUUUACUAUGAGAACUUAUGGCCUAAAAUCAACAAUUUACGAACAAAAGGGGUAAGAACAGUUAAAUCAUCUGAAAAUGGUCACCUUACUGCAUUGGCUUCAUUCCCUGGAUCUGGGAACACCUGGUUACGAUAUUUGUUACAACAAGCAACUGGGAUCUACACAGGCAGCGUUUAUAAAGAUUUUGGUCUACUGAAAAGUGGUUUUCCAGCUGAACAUGUUUGCAAUUCAUCCGUUUUGGUGGUCAAAACCCAUGAGUGGGGUCAAAACGCGUGGUCAAAAUUUUCACGAGCGAUUUUGUUGGUUCGAGAUCCCUCUCGAUCAAUAUUGGCUGAAUUCAAUCGACAAUCGGGUGGUCAUGUUGGAUUUGCCUCACCAGAACGUUAUAAGCGAACCAAGGGACGAUACUGGUAGCAAUCCUAAGGAACGAUUUGUAUUGCAAAUUCACCCAUUAACAGGCACAAUUUCACGGUCAAAUUUGGACCCGGAUUUGUGUGUAGUUUCAGUCAUUUUCACAGAUGUGAUAGCAUAACAUUCAGUUGUGAAUACUUGGAAAAGAGGAACGAAAAUCAUUAUUUUCAAUUGAAUUGUAUAUGGAAAAACCUCUAUCGAGGUGAAGAACGAGUGACGAAACCAA